AUGGCUGGCCUCAAGCACUACCGCAUGGCAUUCGACCCGGCUAUUCAAAGACUGGGAACUAUGCAAUCGAACCGACACAAGUUCUUCCGCUGGACUCCCCGGACCGCCCGCAUCACCUUCAUGUACGCCGUUGUCGUACCGGCCAUUUUCACUGUCAUUGCGUACAAUACAGAUGGAAAGUACGAUCUGCGAGCGAAGCGGAAGGGCGACUUGGUUUACGAAUAUUAA